UAUUCCCCAUACGCAUCAGCUAGCAACAACAAUGGCAGAGCUGGAGAGCCCAAAGGUGAUGUCCAAACUCAUCAGCUUCCUCUCCUCUCUGCUCCAAAGGGUGGCCGAGUCGAACGAUCUCAACCGUCGAUUGCAGCCCCAGAAAAUCUCAGUCUUUCAUGGCCUCACUAGGCCAACCAUCUCAAUUGAGAGCUAUCUUGAUAGAAUUCUCAAGUAUGCAAAUUGCAGCCCAUCUUGCUUUAUAGUGUCUUACAUUUAUCUUGAUCGGUUCACUCAGCGCCAGCCGGCUUUGCCCAUCAAUUCCUUCAAUGUUCAUCGGCUGCUGAUCACCAGUGUCAUGGUUGCUGCAAAAUUCAUGGAUGACAUGUAUUACAACAAUGCUUACUACGCAAAGGUGGGAGGAAUCAGCACAACAGAGAUGAAUUUUCUUGAAGUGGAUUUCUUGUUCGGAUUAGGCUUCCAUCUAAACGUGACUCCCACAACUUUUCAUACCUACUGUUCCUAUCUCCAGAGGGAGAUGUUGAUGCAGCCCCCGACAAUCAACUCAGCAGAGUCCUCCUUGUGCAUGGGAAAAUCAUCAAAGCUCCACUUAUGCUUCAAUGAUGAUGAAUCAUCCCAUCAACAACAGCAGCAACAGCAACUAGCUGUUUGAUUCUAAUUUUUCUCUCAAUGCAGUUACUAGUUAGUUUAGAUUAGUAAUUUCUUCUCUCUCAGUGCUAGCUAGGUUGGCAAAUCAACUCAUUUGUGCUAAGCUCUUCACAUUGGUUGUGCAUUUUUUUUCCCCUUUUGUGAACAAUUUUGUGAACUGGAUCAAUAGGCAUGUACAGUCGGGUGCUUGAACAUUACAAUUGGCCACGAAUUUCCCAUUUUGUUUUUUAUCUUAAUUAUCAAGGAAAUUAGCUCUGUUUAGUGUGUC